AUUAGCAGGGUGUAUAAGUAAUAGAUAUUGGACGAAUUCAUCCAGAUUAAUGCAAAGCUAGCUAAAUUAAUUGCGUGAAUACAAAAUACGUAAGAAAACGAAAAAUUUCCAGAAAUUAACAAUAUUUCAAACGUGUUGAUUUCAUUCAAACCUGGGCAGACCAAUUAUUUUACCGUUUGAAUUUUCCCUGUCAAAUAGAACGUGAAUGAGUCUAGCUAGCUUCAUUCCACAAAGAAAUCAUCUCUCAACUAUGAAGACUCCAAGCAUUUUCACUUUCACUUUCACUUUGAUUCUUCUUGCCAUCAUUUCGUGUUCACGAGCAUCAUCUUGUGCAGAUAACUUUCUUGAAUGUCUAUCCAAAGAAUUCAACAACUACUCUUCCAUUUCCAACAACAUCUACACCCCAAUCAACUCUUCUUAUUCAUCUAUUUUGCCACUAACCAUCCGGAAUCUGAGAUUCGCCUCAGAUCCUACUUCAUCACCGCUUAUCAUCAUCACUCCACGACACGAAUCACAAAUCCCACCUUUAAUCCACUGCGCCCAAGAGAGAGGACUGCAAAUUAGAACUCGAAGUGGUGGACAUGAUUUUGAGGGACUCUCUUAUAGAGCACAACUCCCGUUCAUCAUCAUUGAUUUGAUCAAUCUCAGUGACAUAACAGUUGAUGUUGACAGAAAAACGGCUUGGGUUGGAAUUGGCGCAACCAUCGGUUCGUUAUAUUACAAGAUCGCGGAAGGAAGUCCGAUUCUUGGGUUUCCUGCCGGCCUUUGCCCAACCGUUGGCCUCGGUGGGUACAUAAGUGGAGGAGGCUAUGGCACAAUGAUGAGAAAAUAUGGUCUGGCUGCAGAUAAUGUUAUCGAUGCCAAAAUAGUCGACGCUAAAGGCAGAAUUCUCGACAGAAAAUCAAUGGGCGAAGAUCUGUUUUGGGCCAUCAGAGGCGGCGGCGGCGCCACCUUUGGUGUGAUUGUCGCAUGGAAGGUACAACUGGUGGAUGUUCCAAAAAGGGUCACUGUUUUCAGAGUGAGCAGGACGUUGGAACAGAAUGCAACACAACUCAUUCACCGAUGGCAACACAUAGCUCCAAACUUGGACAAAGAUUUGUUCCUCGGAAUCAUGUUAUCAGUGACAAAUUCCACGCAGAGAAGCAGCAUCACGAUCAAUGCUUCUUUUUACUCGUUGUUCCUUGGUGGGAUCGACAGAUUGCUCACGAUGAUGCAAGAAAGUUUCCCUGAGUUAGGGUUAGUGAGAGAAGACUGCGCGGAAGUGAGCUGGAUACAAGCAAUGGUGUUUAUAGCUAGUUUCCCCAUUGAAACUCCGCCACAAGUUUUACUGAACAGAGUUGUGCCCAACACAAGAAAACCCUUCAAAGGAAAAUCGAAUUAUGUGCAAGAACCCAUCCCCGAAUAUGGGCUUGAAGGCCUAUGGAGACUGUUCUAUGAAGAGGAAGCUGGGGCGACUAUGAUACUGAUGUCUCCACUCGGUGGAAGAAUGGCUGAAAUCUCUGAGUCCGCCAUUCCGUUUCCUCACAGAGCUGGUAACCUCUACAAAAUGUUGCAGGUGGUGUUCUGGGAAGAAGACGAGAAUCAAGAUUCAUACAAGUUUAUAAAUUGGGCUAGGAGGCUCGACGCUUACCUGACUCCCUAUGUUUCGAGGUGUCCGAGGGCAGCAUAUGUUAACUACAGAGAUCUCGACCUCGGAGUCAACAACGCCCAUGGAGAAACGAGUUACGCACAAGCCAGCAUUUGGGGCAACAGAUAUUUCAAGAACAAUUUCGAUCGUCUUGUUCGAGUUAAGACUGAGGUUGAUCCCGAAAAUUUCUUCAAGAACGAACAGAGCAUUCCGCCACUGCGCUCAAGGUCUGCAUAGUGAAGGAGCUGGUGGCUGCUUAAAGAUCUAGAAGCUAACAGUUGUCCAUUGUUGUAGUUGCUAAUAAAAACGUGGUUAUGCUACUAAAUGCUUCUGCAAAAUCCUAAUAUAGUAAUCUAUAUAACAUAAUUACUAUCAUAAAGAUUAUUAUUCUGCAAUUCCAUUUAUCCUUGUGAUGGUACGUAAUAAGUUUGAGCAAAUUAAAAAGGCUUUACAGCUACAUGGCUCCUUAACAGCCUAGAGUAGCAUAUGUUAAUGGCAGGGAUCUGGAUAUUGGAGUCAAUAAAAUCCAGGGAAAGACGAGUUAUGCACAUGCUAGCACUUGAGGCAUGAAGUACUUCAAGAACAAUUUCGAUCGUGUGCAAACCAUGGUUGAUCGCUUCAGAAGAAAGAAGCAGAUAUGCUCAACCCUAAAAUUAUUCUAAUUCCUCCAAUUCAGUCUCUCUAACUCUCUGCCUAACUUGUAUAUACUCAUCAUCUCCCUCAGCUAGUUCAUCGUCUUCUAAACCGUUAUCUGCCCUCUUUGGGAUUUCUCCUAAGUUGUUAUCACCCUCAACUUCAAUUCCCCCAUCUGGAUUACCCUCCUCUUUGCUUUACCCAUCCGGAGUACCCCUCUUGGUUCUAGUUAGGUUACUUUGAAGCACUCCAGUCAUACCAUCAACCCCUCCCUCAAUAUAUACACUUAUAAUUUUACAAGUUCUUUUUACUUAGAAGCUUUAAUAAGUCCUUUAACUGUUUUUUAGGUUCAAUCCAGAUAAACGAGUUGCUCCUAGGUAAUCUAUACCAUAAUUUACUCUAUGAUGCAUACCCUACUGAUUUAAUUGCUUCGUGCUAUUUCAAUAAAUUGAAAUCAUGUUCUUGACAGUCAAACCUACCCACAUAACACCCAUUCAUGUAACAUGUUUCAUCUUCAACCUCAGCAAAAUACCCACUGUGAUGAAUAAACAGAGCAAAACAACCACUGCAAAUAGAGAAAAUAGACUCAAUCAUCAUCUACAAGCAUAAGUGCUUCUGCCAAAUGAACGAAACCCUAACUGAAAACGUACACACCUGUCCUCCAUCGUCGACUCAAUGAACUCCAUAACUGAAAAUGAACCCAGAGCCGGCGUCUUCGCGAGCCUGACCGCCGUCGAUUCCAAUUCACUGCGCCGCCGCUCUACUGCUUCCUCGCGAGCUAAAGAGCCUGCUUCAUCGCGAACCGUAGAGCCUGCGCCUUUGCGAGCCUCAGCCCCAUCGAACCCAGAGUCGGCGCCGUCGCAAGCCUGACUGCUGUCGUGUGCCCUGCUUCCCUGGUUCGUCGCGUGCCGCUGCUCAAGAGCCUGUUUCACCGUCGAAUCCAAUUCAGAGAGCCUUCGCGAGUCUCAGCUCCGUCGAACCCAGAGCCAGCACCAUCCAAUUCCCUGGCCAUCGUGAAGUAGCUGCACGAUUUGGUGUGAGAAACUAGGGCUUCAGUUCUAAAAUGAGGGGGAAAGUAGAAUGUCAAAUU